AUGGGUCCUCCUCCAUCGCAGCCAGACCAGCCUGACGGCAUGGAGCUAGAUGUCACGAAGCCCGUUGACAUGAAGCCCGUCGACAUGAAGUCCAAAGAUCCCCAAGCCACCCCAUACAUCAAGACGGAAAGAUCUCCAAGCCCGCCUGCAGAGUGUUCGCCCGAAAGGCUCGACUUGUCAACAGAAGACCUUGAGUUCUUGACUCGAAAGGCUAUCCCAAAAACAGUACCUGCCGCUGGAAGGGGUGUAACUCAGGCUUCCAACACGACUGCAGAAUAUCAGGGCGAACAUGAUGACGACCGACCAGAUGAUGACGAGAUACUUGAUGACGACGAUUCGGAUUUUAGAAUGGAUGAUCACUCCGAACACGAUAGUGACGAUGACCGAGUCGCUGUGAAAGCUGAAAAGCCAAGCGACAGCAAGGGAAAUAGUCCCACAGGGGCUAAGAAAAGACGCAAACCUGCCAAGACGGCACGCGAAUAUUGGCAACGUGAGGUUCAGCGAGAGAACGAGGCUGAAGGAAAGAAGCGGAAGCUCAAUGGAGAUGAAGACAGCCCACAGAAAGCUCGAAAGACAUCUGCUAAAUCAUCUGCGGGGUUGGAUGCAAGAAAUCUUGCUAGUCUUCUGGCCAACUCGCUUCACGACAUGGAAGAUAUCGAUCAGAAUACCGCCGGUGAAUGUGUACCAAGCAUGGGCUCCAUUCAAGCUAGUUCCAAAAGGGAUCAGAUACGCCAAAUGAUGAACAGCAUCCCCGAAGGAUGCGACACACGAAGGACCAAAACCCAAAAGAAAGAAUUGAAAGAAGCCAUGGUUAGUUUUGGUCUCUGCAAUGUCAAAGAAGCGAAUGGGAAAUGGAGACUCACAGGCAUUGGCGAAAGAUUGGAAAGUCACCAGCUCACGGCUGCACAGUGGAUGGUGAAGAGAGAAGCAAAAGAUCUCUCACCAGCUGGUGGUAUUCUAGCUGAUGAUACAGGUAUGGGUAAAACAGUCAGUACCCUUGCUUGUGUAGUAAGUCAUCCUCCCGAGCCUGAAGACAUUCAACAAUUUAGCAAGGCGACACUGGUUGUUUUGCCGAAUCGGGCUAUGGUGACGCAAUGGCAGAAUCAAAUCACCAAGUUCUGCUACUUCCAAGAAGCUUUGGACAAAGCCGUUCGUUACUCUAAAGCAGAAUGCAAGAAUAUCGAUUGGUGGGGCAGCCGACUUACAACCUACUCUGAGCUUAUUUCCCAAGGGCUUACACCAGUAGCUAUCAACAAACUCAAAGCAGAGUAUCAGAGAGAUCCGGAAGGUUUCAGUAAAGAGAUGAGCGAACAAUGGGGACCCCUCUUCAAAAUCCGUUGGUACAGAGUCAUCCUAGACGAAGGCCAAGCUAUCAAGAACCGUAACUCCAGCACCGCUCUCGCAUGCUGCAGUUUGACAGCAAAGUAUCGCUGGGUACUAACUGCGACUCCUAUCUCUAACGGAAUCCAAGAGUUUUACCCUUACCUAAAGUUCAUUGGUUGCAGUUUCACACAGUCGUUGAGAGAAUUCAAAGAGCAAUACAUCACUGGGAGUAAUGCUGAACAGAACAUUCGGCUUAUUGUCAGUAUGGUCAUGCUCCGACGAACUCACAAGGACACAUUCCUUGGAAACAAAAUCACCAAUCUCCCAUCAAGCAAGUGUUACGACCUGUGGAUCACCCCUCCCAACAACCAGUACGACGUCAAGAUCCUCGAGGAUGAAGGGGAUAACAAGGACGGCGACAACAAGGACGGACACAACGACGAAGCUGACGACAAAGACGUUGACAAUGGUGAAGAUACGGCAAAAGAUGGUAAGACAAGCGAGCCUGAAGGUUCUGGCACCCAAAAAUCCAAGGCUAUGGCCGCACGGUGCACAAGAAUGCGACAAGCUGCAUCUCACCCGUUUAAUCUUGAGAUGUUUCUUCGAGGGGAUGACAGCAAGGAAAUCGUCGAGUGGAUUCUUGAGCAAUACAAGGAAAACAUACAGAAACCGAAUACCGAUACUGAACAGCAAAUUCAAGAUGCGGCUCGAUGGGAGCCAUUCUUGCCAGGACAGCGCCAACUCGAAACCGAGUACCCAGACGUAUCCGGUGGCAUCUCCGACAUGGCCAGGCUACUUUCGCUGUGCGAACAUGUUUAUUGCAAGGGCUGUCUGACUGUCGCUCUCAACAGUGCACGGAAAUAUCAAGCUGAAGGAACCCCUGAACAGAACGCCGUGAAGCUGCUGACAGACUUCAAAGAAUCUGGUACAGACAGUAUUGGAUCUAAAUGGCAUGGUGGCGGUGAUCGAACUGAGUGUUUCUUUACCGCCACUUGCGGCCGGGAGGAUAUUGGCUUCGAUCCGACCAAGAUGCCUUGGGGAGCUAAACUGACUGCUACAGUUGAAGUGAUUCUAACAUGGCUGCAGAAUUCCCCUAAAGACAAGAUUAUUGUCUUUAUCGAAUUCACCAUUACUGCCAAGGCGUUGGGAUGUAUCUUGGAAAAACUGGGACUGAAGUUUCUCUACUACAACCAAAUCGCCAGUACCCCAGCUAGAAAGGUCAAAGCAUACAACGAAUUCCAGAACAACUCUGACAUUAGAAUCCUGCAAGCUUUUGGUCGUGUCAACAGGAUUGGCCAAAAGAAAGAGACCAAGCUGGUCCGAAUUCUUGCAAGGGGCACCCUCGAUGAGAGACUUGUGAUGCUUCAGGACGCUAAAGCCGCAAUCGUCAGCAACGUACUCCAAGACGGCGGACACGAGCCUACCUUUUCAAAUGAAUUGCAGCUGAGAAUGCUCUUUACCGCCAAAAACAAGGACGACAUGAUCGACGGAAUGCAGAAAUCAUCUCGCAAGCGCAAGGGCACGUCGAAGAAGACUGCUACCAAGGCGAGUGUCAAUGAAAGUGUCAAGACUGGCACCGAGACGAGGAAGACAAAGAUCAAGAUCAAGGUCACCAAACGAGCCUAA